UGCUCGCCUUCCGUCCGCAGUGUGGAUGUCAAUGACAUUCUGAACUUUCGUAAGUAAAUUUUCCAGCAGCGUGCAGAGAUGUCGCUAACAUUUCUAUUUAGAACUAUUGGGAAGGAUGUCGCAAAGGUCAGCCUCAGCCAGCACGUACAGUCCUUCCACUCAGGAUGCCAGCUCCUGGCAGCAGAGAAGUCCCUCUUGAUGAAACUAAGGAAGAGCACCGGCUACACUUUCAUCAACUGCAAGAAAGCCCUGGAGAAGUUUGACAAUGACAUAGCAAAGGCAGAGAGCUGGCUCCACGAGCAGGCCCAGAAGGAGGGCUGGAACAAAGCAAACAAGCUGGAGGGUCGGAAAGCCAGAGAGGGUCUGAUCGGCUUGUUUGUAGGAGAUAGUGCUGCAGUCAUGGUGGAGGUGAACUGUGAGACAGACUUCGUCGCUCGGAAUGAGAAGUUCCAAGAGCUGGUGAAGGACGUGACGUUCGCUGCAUUGACUCACCAUCGGAGUAAAACUCAGAGCAAGGCCGGAUAUGUGAAGAGUGUCCUCUCAGCAGAUGACAUGAACAAGCUUGAAAUUGGGGAAGGAACUUCACUGGCUGAUCGGGUGGCUCUGACAAUAGGUCGCCUUGGUGAGAACAUGUCAGUGAAGCGGGCCGUCAUGGUGGGCAUUCCUGCUGACUGGCGCAUCGGUUCUUACGUGCACGGAGGCGUGGACGGCCAGGCGGACGUGGCCAUGGGCCGGUACGGAGCCCUGGUCGUGUUUCAGGGUGGAAAGGAGGGAGAACAGGAAACCUUAGGUCGCAAACUGGGACAGCACAUCGUGGGAGAGGCUCCCCUGUCUCUGGGUAACAUGGACGACCUGCCCUGCGGUGAAAGUGAGACUCGUCUGCUGCCUCAGAGCUUCCUGGUUGACCCCAGCAGGACUGUGGCUGAGUUCCUCAGAGGCCAACAAGCCCGAGUGCUGGACUUUGUCCGAUUCCAGUGCGGUGAGACUGUUCGUGAUGAAGCUGAAUGAAGACGUGAAACAAUUGAGUCCAAAUAGUUAGGAUCUUUAUUCAAUGAGAAGCAAUCGCAAAUAUUUGUUCAUUAUUUAAGAUUAAGUCCCACUUUACCAUCAUGAAUUUGAAAAGGAUAAGUGGAUGUAAUAGAACUGGUGCCCGAUUAAAUUACAAAGCUCACAAUUAAAUGUUUUUUCUGAAACUAUUUUUUUUCUUCAAGGUUGUCUUGAUCUGUGUAUUUGUCUGUCAAUUACAAGUGUCACCUUUUCACCUGACGAUACAUUUACACAAGA